AUGGACAUCGAGGAUGUCCCACAAUCCGUGAUCAAUGUGCCCGACGGCGGCGUUCAAGCAUGGCUCUCUGUACUUGGAGGGUUUAUAGUCUGCACGACUACAUUCGGCUAUUCCAACUCGUUCGGGGUAUACCAGGACUACUACGUCCUAGCAGGCGCGUCGUCCCCGUCAAAUAUCAGCUGGAUUGGGUCAAUACAACUGUUCUUUAUGUUCUUCAUGGGUCUACCAGCGGGUAAGCUCUUUGACCAGGGCUAUUUCCAUCAAGUCGUUGGUUUCGGCAGCCUUCUUUACGUCUUCUGCAUGUUUAUGCUUUCGAUCGCGGACCCGCACAAAUACUACCAACUUGUGCUCUCGCAGGGUGUCGGUAUGGGCAUCGGGAGUGGCCUAAUGCUUGUCCCCGCCAUUUCUGUUCAAACACAUCACUGGCGCUUACGUCGCUCGCUAGCGAUGGGCAUUGUCAUGACCGGCUCCGGUGUCGGCGGAGUGAUUUACCCCAUUAUGCUCAACAGGCUCGUGACAGGCAGUGCAGGCUUCGCCUGGGGCGUGCGUGCGACCGCAUUCCUCACCCUCGGCCUGCUCGCUAUCGCCAAUGCUAUCAUGACGACUCGCCUGCCAAACGCUAGGCAACGAGGACCGGGUACCAAACCCGACAUGAAGGCAAUCAUGACGGAUGGUCCCUACUGGCUGUAUGUGUUGGGGCUGUUUCUGGUUCUCUGGGGAAUGUUCUUCCCUUACUUCUAUCUCCAACUCUGGGUCAACCUGCACGGCCUCCCCGGUAAUCUUGCGUUUUACACAAUCGCCAUCCUCAAUGCUGCUUCAAUCUUCGGACGCACCCUCCCGAACAUGCUCGCGGAUCGCAUCGGGCCGUUUAACGUUCUCGGCCCCGUCGCACUGAUCACCAGCGCGCUCGUGCUCGCGAUGUUCGGGGUGAAGUCCACCGGGGCUGUCGUUAUUUUCUCGAUAUUGUACGGGUUCUUCUCGGGAGCCAUGAUCUCAUUGAUGCCGCCGGCAGCGGCGACGCUCGCAAACGGACUCCAUGAGAUUGGAAUUCGCCUCGGGAUAGGGUACUUCGUGAGCUCGUUUGCCAUGCUCACUGGGACACCCAUCGCCGGCGCGCUCUUUGACGACGGCGACCAGUGGUACAAACCGAUCGUGUUCUGUACUAUAAUCAUGUUUGCUGGAGCGGCAUGCAUUGCGACAGCCCGGAGCUUGGUGGCUCGUCGGAAAAGGACGCAGCGGGUCUAG